AUAGGCUAUUUUGAGUUUGGGCAAGGACACAGGGGCCCCAUGAUCCCCUAUUGCCCGGAGGCCCCAUGAGUUGUCAGUCUGCCCCUGGUUGUUACAUGUUUGUACUUGGAGUGGCACUCUUCAUCUUAAGAGGUGAGCUUCCACAGUGUACAGUAAUAAAGCAGAGUUGUGUGUUAGCUAAUGUCCCAUCGCUCUAUACACCGUGACUUUUACUUGUUUGGAUUAAGAGUGAUGGCCUGAGCCACACCAUACCACCUC